AUGUUAAUAAAACAAGAACCAAAGGAAGUGGAAAAAAAAGAAGAGAAAGAAAAAAAAGGAGCGAAAGACAAAGGGAAAGAUUUGUUCUCUUUAAAUAAGAAGAGAGAGAAAAAAAAAAAAGAAAGCCAAAAGAUAGAUAGAUAUUUAAUAAAUUCAUGUGAUUCUAAUAAGAGUAAUUAUUCAUGUUGUUAUUUAAAUAAUGAAUGUUUUGUAAAAAAUAUAAGUAUAUGUAAAAAAUGUAUGUUUAGUUAUUUUGAAUUUAAAAAUGUAACAAAGGUUAUAUAUAUGAGACAUGGAGCUAGGACACCAAAAAAAAAAAUUAAAAACAUCUGGCCUUUUAAAGAGGGGAAAGGAGAUUUAACUUUUUUAGGUUUUCAACAAUCAAUAAAAGUUGGUGAAUACUUAAGAAAAUAUUAUUACACAUUCAAUAAAUUAAAUAAAAAAUAUAACAAAAGGGAAAGGGGAUUAAGGAUUAACAAUAAAGAAAAGGGUUAUAUAAAAAAAAAUAAAUGUGAUGUAAAAAAAUGCAAAAUAUUUUAUAAAAAUAAAAUUAAUAAUAAUAAUAAUAAUGAUAAUAAUAAUUAUAAUUAUAAUUAUUAUAAUAAUUAUGUAAUAAAUGAAAAAUAUAAUGGAUCAAAUAAAAACGAUUAUGUAAAGAAUAACACAUAUGAUAACAAAGGUUAUUCAUAUUUAUAUGACUUAUCUACCUCUUUUAAUGAACUUGAAAAUAGGAAGAGGAGAUUACAUAAAUUCCCUUACCUCAGAGAUUUUAUAUAUUAUGAAAAGUUCUUUUUAAAAAUCAAUAAAAGAUCUAAUAAACAUCAAAGAAAAGUAUUUAUUAAAAUUAAAAGAAGAAGGAGAAACAAUAUUUUGAAAAUAUGGAUACAUCAACAUUUGAUUAAUAAAAUGAAAAAAAUAAAAAAUAAAAACAUGAAUAAUUAUAAUAAAUGUUAUAUAAAAUUUUCAAGCAUUCGUAAAAGAGGCUAUCACAAAAUGGAAAAUAUAGAAUGUUAUAAUGAUGAUGAUGAUAAUAAUAAUGAUGAUAAUAAUGAUGAUGAUGAUAAUAAUAAUGAUGAUAAUAAUGAUGAUGAUGAUGAUAAUAAUAAUAAUAAUGAUGAUAAUAAUAAUGAUGAUAAUAAUGAUGAUGAUGAUAAUAAUAAUAAUAAUGAUAAUAAUAAUAAUAAUAAUAAUAAUAAUGAUGAUGAUAUUAAUAAUUAUUAUUAUUAUAAUUAUAAUAAUGAUGAAACCCCAUUUAAUAACAAAUCAUUCAAUUAUGCAGAUAUGUUAAUAUAUAUGAAAUAUUAUUACAAAAACAUUUUAAAAGAUAAAAAAAAUAUUUACACAAAUAAUAAAAAGAAAGAAUUAUUUUUUCCACUAAUGGAAGAUUUGUAUAUGUAUAAAAAAAAACUUUUGAUUAAUAAAAUGAAAGAAAAAAAUAUAGAAAAAAAAAAAAAAAAAUACGAUAAAAUUAUUAAGUUAAUAAAUAAAUAUUUAUGUAUUAAAACAACAAAUAGUGAACGUUGUAAAUUAACUGCUUAUGGUAUUAUUUGUGGUAUAUUAGGAAUAAGUGAAUAUAUUUAUUUUUUCUUUUUUAUAUUAUUUUUUAAAAGUAAUUAUGAUAAGACAAAUGAUAAUAAUAUAGAUACUUAUACCAAAAGAAAAGAAAAAAAAAAGUGCUUGAAUAAGAGAUCCACAUGCUUUCAAAAUUGGAUUCUUAAUAAGGAUAUUACUAGUGGGGAAUAUAAUUGUGCAGAUAAAAAUAAUGCACCUGUUAAAAAUUAUAUUAUUGGUGAAAAGGUAUGUGGUGAAAAGGUAUGUGGUGAAAAUGUAUGUGGUGAAAAUGUAUGUUUUAAAAAUGUAUGUGGUGAAAAGGUAUGUGGUGAAAAUGUAUGUUUUAAAAAUGUAUGUGGUAAAAAUGUAUGUUUUAAAAAUGUAUGUUUUAAAAAUGUAUGUGGUGAUAAUAACUUCAUUCACUUAUUUAAAAGUAACAGAAUAUUUUGUAAACAAAGUAAGAUUACCUUUUGUGAUGAGUUAUAUAUAUAUUUUAAUAAGAUUUUAAAAAGAUUACAAAGUCUUGAUAAUAUGUACAAGAUUAAUCAUGAAGUUAAAAUGUUUGGUAACGAUAAGGAUGUGUUGAACAAUUCUUAUAAGAAAUGUUAUGAUAAAAAUGAAUAUGGAUCAUAUCCGAGUUAUAAUAAAUAUUGGAAUGAUUAUAAAAGUCAUUAUGUUAUAAAAAAAAUGAAAAGUGUAAAAUCUGUACAAUGUAGUAAUGAAUCAAUUAUUUUAAAAGAAAGCCAAGAAAAUGAAAAUGAAAAAAAAAAUAAAAUGGAAAAUACUUUUAUUAAUAAUAACAAUAUAAUGUACAAUAUAAAUGUUUUCUUUGAUUUAAUAAUAAACGAGAGAGGAAAUUUACAAUUUUUUUAUAAUAAUAUAAAAAGAAAUAGACAAAAAAAUGAAAAAGGAUUAGAAGAAUGGAAUGUGUAUAAUAUCUUUCAAUUAUAUAUGAAAUAUAUAUUUAAUGAAUUUUCUAAAUUUUUAAAUAAAAAUGUUGAAAAUAUUGAUAAUACAUUUAACAGUAUAACUAAUAUAUAUAAUAAAUAUUAUAUAAAUAUGGUUAUACAUGGAAAGGAUUGUUUUGAAAAAAAGAAGAUACAUUCAAAAGAACAUAUAAUGAAAAAAAUAGAUUUGAAGGAUAAGUUUAUAGAAUAUGAAAAGGAGAGAGAAAUAAUAGACGAGUGUAACAACAUUAAUAUGGAUAAUAAAAAAAAGGAAAUAAAUAAAAAUUACAAUAAUAUGAUUGAUAAUAAUAAUAAUAUAGAAAUAGACAUGACCAAUAAUUUUAUUUUUACAUAUUAUUAUAUAUUUUAUCUUUUAAAUUAUAUGGAUACAUAUAUACAAUUUCUUUUUUAUUAUUUAAAAAAUACAUAUAUCCUUUUUUCCGUAGUAAAAGUAGCAGAAAGAAAUUCUCUUAUGCUCAAAACUCUUAAGACGAAAAAUCAUUAUAUUAAGAAGCUAAGAAAUCAUAUUAUUCACAAUUCAGAUGUUUAUAAAAUAUUAAAUAAUUAUUAUAAGGACGAAAUAUUUAUUGUUUAUGAUAUAACUAAAUGGACAGAAAAUUGUAUGAAUACUACAGAUAUAUUAUAUAAUGAUGUAAAAAAAAAUACCAAAAUAUAUGAUUUAGAAAAAAAUAUAGACAUACCUAUAAUAACAAACGAUAAAGAAGAAUAUCAUGUAAAUAAUAGUAUUAUAAGUGUAUUGAAAAAACAUAAUUCUUCAGUCUAUAAAUUAAAAAAAAAAUUAAAAAAUUCAAUUAUUCUAAAAGAUCUAAAAAAAUUAAAUUGUAAUUUUAUUAGUAAAAAUUAUAUACAUAAUACAAAUUAUGAUCAACAUAAUAAAAUAUAUCAAGAUAAAAUAAAAAAUUGGACAUAUAAUCCUUUUCAUAAUAAAAAAAAAAAUGUUAAAAUUAUUAAAAAGUUUAUAAGUGCUUAUGAUGCAUAUAUAUAUCAUGGUGUUAACUUAAAUCUUAAUUUUAAUCGAGCAUAUGAAAAGUUAUCCCUACAUCCUCCUUCUAGUACUGAUGUAAUAAAAAAGGAGUAUGGAAAAAAAAAUUAUAUUAUUAAUGGUGAAAUAAAAAAAUAUGAAGAACAAAAUAAUUUCAUUAUAAAACGUCCUAAUAUAAAUAUUUCAGGUGAAAAUUUGUCUUGUCAUAAUAAAACAAAUUUUUCUAUUACAUUUCAAGGAAAUGAUAGGGAGGAAAAUAUUUUAGACGCAAAUGAACACGAUAGAAUAAAAAGAAAUAAAAAUUCACAAAAUAGAACGAAAGUACAAAAUGUUAUGACCAUAAAUAAUAAUUCAAAAAAAUAUAUAAAUAAUGAAACAGAAUAUUAUAAAAAAAAAGAAAAAAAAGAAAAAAAAGAAAAAAAAGAAAAAAGAGAAAAAAGAGAAAAAAAAGAAAAAAAAGAAAAAAAAGAAAAAAAAGAAAAAAAAGAAAAAAAAGAAAAAAAAGAAAAAAGAGAAAAAAAAGAAAAAAAAGAAAAAUAUGACCAAAAAAAUGAUCAAAAAAAUGAUCAAACUAAUGAACAAAAAAAUGAACAAAAAUGUCAACAAAUAUAUGACCAAAAAAAUGAUCAAACAAGUGAACAAACAAAUGAACAAACAAAUGACAAAAUAAAAACGUUUUAUAAAAAUAUAUACAAUUGCUACAAAUUAAUGUGUAAAAAUGAAUAUAGUAAUAAAUAUCUUUCCUGGUUAUGUAGUGGUAUGUCGUUAAUAGAUGUUGUUAUUAACUUUAUAAUAAAUGUUAGAUUAUAUGAAAAAUAUAAUAAAACAAAUAAAACAAAUAAAUGUUUUAUUCCAAGAAUUAUUUUGUAUUUAACACAUCAAUCAUCAAUAUUGUCAUUUCAGUCGUGUAUAGGUAUACGAAAAAAAGAUAUGAAAAUACCUGCUUUUGCUAGCUUUAUAUCUUUAGAAUUAAUUCAUAUUAAAAAAAAAAAAAUUAAAAAUUUAAGUAACAAAUUAUGUAAUGUUUCCAAUAAUGAAAAAUCUUAUUGUAAUAGUAAUAAAUAUAAUAUUAUGAAGGGCGAAAAAAUAAAACACGCAUCAUCACGCAGUGUUCAUGUUAAUCAAACGGAUAGAACGGAUGUUCUAAGUUUUAUUUAUCAUAAUAAUACAGCAAAUAUUUUCUGUUGUAAAGAUGAUUGUGUGUGGAAGGUAAGGAAAACGGAAAAUGAGAAAAAGUUUGAAAAACGUAGAAAAAACAAAAAAUUUAUGAAUGAGGAAAAUGAAAAUGGAAUAAGAGAUGAUGAAAAAAAUAUAUAUAAUAUAUUAAAAAGUAAUAUAAAUGAGAAUAUAGAUAAGAAAAAAAGUAUUAAUAUAAAUACAUGUAUAUAUAAUGACAUAUCUACCAAUGUGAAUAAUAAAAAAUAUGAAAGUUAUUUACCCAAAUGUUUAAAUAAAAUUCAUGAUUUUAAAAAUUUAUUUUACUUAUUAUGUUAUAAAAAUAAUAAUAUCGAAGAUCUGAUACAGUUGUAUAAUAUAUGCUUAAAUAAUAAUUAUACACAUAUAAAAAAAAAUAUGCAAUUAAAAGAAGGUAAGAAACAUGGAAAGAGAAAUUUCUAUGGAUAUUUUGUUAAAUUUACUUUUAAUAAUUCUGUACCUUUAAAAUUAAAAAAAAAUAAGUUAAUAAAAAAAUAUAACAUGGGGAAUAAAAAAGAUAAAGAAGAUAAUAAUUCUCAUAAUGAUAAAAAUAAUUAUAGUGAUAAUAUUUUUUAUGAUAAUCAUCACACCAAUAAUAAUAAUAAUAAUAAUAAUAAUAAUAUAAUGCAUGAAGAUAUCAUCAAUAUAAAUAAAAGAGAAAGCUUAAAAAAAAAAAAAAAAAAAAAAAAAAUUUGUAUACAAAAAAAUAAUAAUAUUUGUGAAAAGAAAAAAUCUAACGUUCAUAAUAAUACUUCAAAUUACAUUUCUAAUACUGUGAGAUUCUUUAAAAUGAAAGAUAUUGCUAAAAUAAAUACGAAUAAGAAGUGUGAUGAAAAUAUCAUAUCAUGUAUAAAUAAAAUGAGAGAAAAAAAAAAAAUUUUUAAAAACUUAAAUAGAAAUAUUUUAAAUUUUAAUAAUAGUAAUAAUGAUAAAUAUAUGAAUUAUAUAUAUAAUAGUACUAAUGUAACAUAUGGUAAAAAUUAUAAAAGAAUUAAUAAAAAAGACGUUGACAUUAAUAGUAUAUUAUUACAUACAUAUAAGCAAUAUAAAAAAAAAAAAAGUAGUAUUAUAUCAAGUGAUAAUAAUAAAAAUAAUAAUACUGAAGAUGAUAUAUCGUCAAGAAAAUUAAAAUUUAAGGAUAUAAAAGGAAAUACGAAACAAAAAUAUAUAAAUGAUCAUAAUAAUAUUAAUAGUUAUGGUAAUAAUAUUAAUAGUUAUGGUAAUAAUAUUAAUAGUUAUGGUAAUAAUAUUAAUAGAUAUGGUAAUAAUAUUAAUAGUUAUGGUAAUAAUAUUAAUAAUGGUCUUAUUAAUGAACACAAAAAUAUCCUUCUCAAUGAAUGUAAAAAUAUAAAUAAUAAAAUUAUGGGAUAUAGAAUUAAAUGUGACAAAAAUGUUGUUACAGAAAAAUGUUGUUCAGAUGUUAUUACUUCAUUAAAAGAUAAGAAAAGAAAAAAAAAAUUACAAAAAAAAAAUUAUGAAAAUGAAAAUAUCGUUUGUUUAGAUUGUUUAAUUUCUUAUUUAAAAAAGAUGUUAAGAAUUUAUGGAAAUCCAGAAAUAAUAUAA